UACAUCGAAUCAUCAAGUAAUGCAUUCAUGCAUCAGAGGGUAAAUGGAAAAAAUAUCAUGCUUGCUUGAAAAAAUGUAUAAUACACGUCUUUAGAAAGAAAUUAGAAUCAGGUGAAAGAGAACAGCGAGGCAGAAAGAAAAUCAUUCAUCCCUAUAUGUCCUAUCUCUAUCGGUAGUUGAUGGUGGUUUGUUAUUAGCUGCAGAUGAGUCGUGAUCAGCCAGAGGGACACCCAUGUAGGCAUUUGUCAGGAAAUCACAACAGUCCAAGCCCUCCACUGCACGGUAGAUGUGUAGGGGGACAAUACACCUCUCGUCAUUCGAGUCACCCUCGACCUCCUGGGCCGAUUCCGUCACGGCACGGUCCAUGACGACACGCGCAAACUUGGUGCACGCCAUGUAGAUCAUGUGCUCCACAACGUGGGCGUACAUCCGGUCGAUGACUGCCGGAUAUAUGCGGAUCCCGAUGGCCGCUGCAGUUCGCUGGACCCACUUCAGUUCCGGAGUCUGCGGUACACGGAAUCGGGGGACAGGUUCGCCCACCUGGUGUCGCUGCGACGGUACAGAGAGGACGUCUACCAUUUGGUCUCGGGCCUGCUGUGCCUGCAACACACGCAGCUUUCUGGCCUUUGAUGCCAGCGACUCAAACAACCGGAAAGGAUCCGAAAGCGUCGAAAAGCGCUGCCCGAUUCUGGCGGUUGUAGCUCGUUGGAUUGUUCUCUGUCCGUCUCCUCUCUCCUCCUCCUCCUCCUCCUCCUGCAUUGGCUCGCUGUCACUGUCACUGUCGCUGUAACCCUCCCCUCUGCCCCUGUCUUCUUCCUCCGAUUGGACCUCCAUCUUGUCAGCGCAUCGCGAGUGCGAGAUUCUCUCUCUUUGCUCCGUCUCCUCCCAGCAGGUGGGCAACUGGCAGCCGCAGUACUUGCAGAAACCUCUACUUGACUGCGGUACCGGGUCCAGGGGAGUGUACCCGUUUCUCCGACACCACUCCAUCACCUGCUUGGUGGUGAGGGAGCUGGCCUGGGGGACAGGAGGUUCCAGCGAGCGGAUCACUCUCUUCAUUGCGACGGCUCUCAUCCACUCAGAGGCUCGUCGCCGACCAAUGUUCCAUCUCUUGAAUACCUCAAUUGACGGAGCGACGAGAUGGAACCCGCUCGACUCGGGCCCACACAGAGGGGCGGUUUUCACGAUAGAGUGCAAUAGGUCAUCCAGGAGCGUCUCAUGGUCAGUUUCGACACCCGACUCCAGUGUGGUUCUGGUGUUUAGGUCGCACGUACCCAUGGCUUCUUCGUCUGCGGUGGUUAAUUGCAGGGGCCUCGAUCGGCGAGAGACGACGACAAUCUGUGAGUAGCUGUGGUCCAAUAGGACUUGGUCCACAGUCGACGUGGCAGGUAGGAAGACGUGGUGAAUGUGUCGGGAAUCCAUCUCUCCCUCUGGUGCAGUCGCUUCAGACUCUCUGUGUUUCUUCUCACUGCUGUGCGACGAUGCACUGAAUGGGUGCGCUACUGAAUUGUUUCUUGGUCCAGCUCUGUCGUCUCCGCUGACUGAUGGAGAUGGAGCCUCCGUGGUGACUAGAUCCAAAUCCACGACAGUCUCUGAGCCUAGUGUCUGGUGUCCGGUGUGCGUUCUGUCCAGGACCAGUUUGUGAAUGAUGUCCACGUGCUUGUUGACUUUGUCGGUGAACUCCAGCUGAACUCUCACAGGGAAUUCCCCCCAUCCGUACCGAGUCAGGUGAAACGGAGGCUUCGAGACACGAAUGAUGUCGUUUGGGUGAUAGCUGGGGUGGAGAAAGAAGCGAACGGCCUUCACAAAUGAGCUGAUGUCAGCUUGCUUCCCGGGGCCUCGAACGUACACCAUCCAUUUGUGGGUGGAGCCAUCGAUGGUGCUGCGAGCACUUGGAUCCAGAAACUGCGAGGUGUUUCCAACUAUCAGUCGUUUCUUGAUCGCAAAUCGCGAGAGGCUGGCGGGUGGUUCCUCGCAUACAAUGCUACCUCCUCUUCCUUCAACGCCUGUACUGUUCCCAGCACCCACUGCUGUCGACGAGGCACUAGAUGCAAUACUGUGUGAACCUGGGGAAUGCUUCCGCAAGUCGUUCAGGAGAGAGGACACCUUUCUGCCCACCGCAAGCUCAGGUAGCUGUGUCGUGUCAGCAGUGUCCUCUUCACUUACUUCAGACGGCACCUGACUGCUCUGAAUGCUGGAUCCUUCCGCGGGGGUGGUGCUCUCGAUUUCAGGAGUGUACCCCUCUCGUUUGCCCCCUAAUAACCCCUUCUCUCCCGCCUCCCUCUUUUCCUCCGAACUCCCAACCUCCUCUCCGUCCUUCUUGUGCUCCUCUUCUUGCCUCUGUGAAUUGAGGAAGUCGCCCUCGAAGCUAUUCCAGCUGACCUGGAGCCCAACGUUCUCCUUGCUGUAGUCCUCCAUGAGAUAGAAUCCCGAGAGUCCGUACUGUUGGGCUAGGAUUCCCAGCCGCAGACGGUGGAGCAUCAUCUUUGCGAGUUGGAUCCUGUCGUCGAUGUGGCGCAGCUCGCUCUCCUUGUACACCACCUCCGCCCCAAACUGUUCCUUGAUCACAGUGCAAAUUGCCUGCUCGUCGGCCAUCUCUCACUCGAGGAGGUGUGUGAAAGACUAUCACCCGAAAACCGCAAAGUUUCGCUCAAACCUGCCGCAGAGUUUAGCCCUGUUGCUCGUUAUACGGCCCCUCUAACCUGCCGCCCUUGCAGUGCAGCAGCCGCUGCGCAACCACAAGUCUCCCCCGGCGGAAAGUCUAGCUCUCUCUUGUCGACUUGCACGUGGCGCGGAAAAAUUAAUUUCUAUUUGGAGCGCACUUUGGGCUCCUCCGCCGCCUCCUUCCAGGACAGCGUCUCCAUGUACGCCAUCUAUCGCGAGUUGCACCCGCCGACCGGCGUGGAGCACUGCAUAGAGUGUAACUUUUUCGGUCCCAAACGCAAGAGCCUGGCCGUGGCCGCUGCCUCUGUGUUGAAAGUGUACGACCUCUGCCCGGUGAAGAGUGGAGGCGAUAAGAAUGGAGAAGCUUCAGGGUCCAGCAAGCUGCUGCAGGUUGCAAACUACAGCCUGUACGGCUGUGUGCAGUCCAUGGAGAAAGUGAGGCUGCUCCAUUCCAAGAGAGAUACACUGCUGCUCAGUUUCAACGAUGCCAAGCUCUCUGCUGUUGAGUUUGAUCCUGAGACCAACAGACUGAAGACCAUGUCUCUUCACUGCUUUGAAGAUGAAGACCUUAGGGGAGGUUUGCUGCACAACCCAAGUGUGCCGGUGGUGAGGGUGGAUCCGGAGGGACGCUGUGCUGCCAUGCUCCUCUACGGGGCCCACCUCGCCAUCCUCCCGUUCAAACACGCCGACGUCGGCCUUGACGAACACGACCCAGACACCCCUCUCAUUGCUAGUGAGCACAACGACAUCCAGGCCAGCUACACUGUGUCUCUGAGAGACCUGAGUGAGAGGGUGAGCAGUGUGAAGGACAUCCAGUUCCUCCAUGGCUACAACAACCCCACUCUCUUCAUACUGUAUGAACCCACCCCAACCUGGGCCGGUCGUAUCAGUCUGCGUAAGGACACCUGCAACAUUGUCGCCAUCUCUCUCAACACCUCAGAGAAGUCCAGUCCAGUCAUCUGGCACUCUCACUCCCUUCCAUAUGACUGUACCUAUGCCCUCCCUGUCCCUCAACCUAUCGGAGGGAUGCUACUGCUGGGAGCCAACUCCAUUCUCUACCUCAACCAGAGCUCCCCGACACUCGGGAUAUCUCUCAACUCCAUAUCCGACGUCUCCACCAACUUCCCCCUCCGUAAUCCGGCCGGCAAUGUGGCGAUCACCAUGGACUGCUCUCACUCUGCCUUCAUCACUCCCGAACAGCUGGUCGUCGCUCUCAAGGGAGGAGAAAUCUACUUGCUGACGCUGGUUCCAGACGGGAUGCGGGGGAUCAGGAACAUUCUCUUUGAGAAAGCUGCAGCAGCCGUCCUCACCUCUUGUAUCUGCACACUGGGGUCACAGUAUAUCUUCCUGGGCUCACGACUGGGAAACAGUUUACUGCUGAAAUACACUGUGAAGGCCUCUCGCGGUGCUGAGGAUCUUGAGCCUCCAGUCAAGAAAGCAAAGACAGAGAGUGUAUCAGUUGGAGAGGACCCAGAUGAGCUGGAGGUGUAUGGCACGGACACUACCACUGGACCAAUGCUCACUUCUUACAAGUUUGAGGUGUGUGACAGUCUCCUCAACAUUGGGCCCAUUGCAGACGCCACUAUUGGAAACCCAGACUUCAUCUCCGUGCAGUUUGCCGACAAAGGUGGGCCUGAUUUGGAACUGGUGACUUGCUCUGGACAUGCCAAGAACGGUGCCCUGUGCAUCUUGCAGAGAAGUGUUAGACCACAGGUCGUGACGACCUUUGAACUGCCUGGCUGCACAGAUAUGUGGACCGUUCUGUCAAACUCUGAACCUUCAAAGAAAGAAGAAGAGAAAAAGAAGGAGGGAGAGGAGGAAGUGGAGAAGGGUGACGAGGGAGAGGGAGAAGAGAAGAGGGAGAGUGGGGGAAGAGGAGGAGGAGGAGGGGAGGGGGAGCACGCCUACCUCCUGCUUAGUCGGUCGGACUCCACCAUGGUCCUGAGGACGGGGCAGGAGAUAGCCGAGCUCGACAGCAGUGGAUUUGCAACCCAGGCACCGACCGUCUAUGCCGGGAACCUUGGCGGUAGCAAAUACAUUGUGCAGGUGACAGCCACAGAUGUCCGUCUGCUCAUGGACGUCCAUCAGAUCUGUCGAAUCCCCCUGGACAGAGGGGGCGGAGUCAGAGCAUGUGACCUCUGCGACCCCUACGCUGUGAUCCUAUUGGUCGACGGGACUGUGGCCGUGGUGGAGGUUGUGGAGAAGGGAGGAGGGGGAGAUGGGGAGGAUGGGCAGGAGGAGGCAAUUUUACAACUCACUUGGCCCGAUAUCAAAAAGGGUUCAAAGGUGACGCUGCUCUCGUCGUACACGGACAAGAGUGGACUGUUCACGUUGGAAGUGGGGGAAGAAGACGAUGGGGAUGAUAAUGAAGGGGAAGUCCCUGGUCCUGAUCAUUCGAAAGAGCUGUUCCCUCCCUCCACCGAGUGGCCGCAGACAAAGAUGGAGGUCGAGGAAGAGGAUGAGCUGCUGUAUGGAGAUAUCGAUGCCCUCACCAAUAGAGAAAAGGGUAGGCUGUCGGAGAAUGUGGACGUCAAGAAGGAGAAUAGGAUUUACAAAGGGGGAAGAAGAGCCGACACCCAAUGGUGCGUGCUCUCCAGAGAAGACGGCUCAGUGGAGCUAUACAGCGUCCCCGAGUUCAAACUGGUGUUUUCGGUGAGGAAUUUCUCUUCUGCUCCCAACACUCUCAAGGACAGUGGGGCCUGGCCACCCCAACAGAGUCCCCAUCCAGUGGCAGCCAGCUCCAAGACAAAGUCAAAGAGCACCGACCGUCCAGUGGGGGUGGGAGAGCUCCUCCUGUUGGGGGUGGAGUCUCACGUCGGAGGCUCCGCCCACCCGUAUCUCCUGGCUCUGUUGGACAACGAGCUGGUGGUCUACCGAGCUUUCCGCUACAGACAGACGGAGAAGAAAGAUCAUCUCCAGUUGAGGUUCAGCAAGGUGCUGCACAAGACCAUUCUUCACGACCGGAAGAAAAGCAAACUCGACAAGCAGCUGAGCCGUCAAGGCCUAGGUCCCGAGGAGGAGAAACAGGAGAGUUCAAAGUUUGUUCCAAGACUGAGGGUCUUCACUAACAUUGCCAGCUAUACUGGAGUGUUUGUGUGCGGACCAUAUCCCCACUGGAUAUUCCUCAGUGGGAGAGGAGGCAUGUAUGUCCAUCCCAUGUUCAUCGAUGGUCCCGUCACCAGCUUUGCUUCCUUCCACAACAUCAACUGUCCCCACGGCUUCCUCUACUUCAAUUCUGAGGGUGAGCUUCGAAUCAGUGUCCUGCCAGUUCACCUGUCCUAUGACUCCCACUGGCCGGUCAGGAAGAUCCCAAUUCGCUCCACUCCACACUUCAUCUCCUACCACACCAAGAGCAAGGUGCAUGCCCUGGUGACAAGUGAGCAGAGUGACAUGACAGAGAUGGCGGUCCUGAAUGAGGACGGGACCGACUCCACGCAGCCUCUCGACAGAGACCCCAUGUUCGUGGCACCCGUCGUCGACCGGUUCCACCUCCAGCUCUUCUCCCCCGCCUCCUGGGAGGUCGUCCCCAACACCAAAUCCCUACCUUUACGAAUGAACCUGGUCCACACAUGCUCGUGAUGCCAGAGAGAGAAGUUGCUGUAUGCUCUGCUGAUGAGGCCCAACAAGCCCGGAAACAGCUGUCCAGAGCUCGGGCAUCUUUUUUCUCUUGGCAUCACAUGGUUCAGUCUGGAGGACAAUGAGCACGUGACUGCGAUGAAGGUGAUGCUGCUGCGUAGUCUGGAGACAAUGAGUGGGCGCAAGGAGUACAUCGUCAUGGGGACGACAUACAUCUGCAGCGAAGACACCUCCAACGUUGGCAAGAUUUACGUAUUUGAUGUGCUGGAUGUUAUACCUGAGCCUGGGAAGCCACUGACAAAGAACAAAUUGAAGUGUCUGUACAACCAGGAACAGAAGGGAAUUGUCUCUUCUCUAGAAGUAGUAGAUGGACUCAUUCUCUCUUGUAUGGGACAAAAGAUAUUCAUGUGGAACUUCAAAGACAACAAGGACCUUGUGGGUGUGGCUUUCAUCGACACGGAAAUCUACUCCCACAGAGCCGUGUCACUCAAGAACUUUGUUGUCAUUGGAGAUGUUCACCACAGCAUCCAGCUUCUCAAGUACAAAGAAAGCAGAAGGACCCUCUCCCUUGUCAGCCAGGACCCACAACCAGUGGACGUGUAUGCCAACGAAUACUUGAUAGACGGAAACCAGAUGGGCAUAGUUGGUAAGACCAAUACUACCACCGUGUGUCGUGGUGCACCAGAUCGCAGUGCACACUCCCUCCCCUUAUCAUUAAUCGCUGUGUUCUCCCUCACUACAUCGUGCAGUGUCAGACUCUGAUCAGAACCUCAUCAUAUACCAGUACCAACCUGAAGCUCCAGAGAGUGGUGGAGGGAAGUACCUCAUUAGACAGGGAGACAUCAAUGUGGGGUCUCACGUCAACGUCAUGUUCAGACUACGCUGCCACACCUCAGCUCCACUUGGCUCUCCUCACGAGAUGCAGGUCCUCAUGCAGGACAGAAGACACACCACUUACUUCGCGACCCUGGAUGGUUCGGUGGGCUACCUGCUACCUCUCCCCGAGACCACCUUCCGUCGUCUCAAGAUGCUCCAGAUCAAACUGGUCCAGGGCUUGUCUCACAAUGCCGGCCUCAACCCCAAGGCUUUCAGAGCCUUCCAGACGCACCACCAGUACCUGUGCAGUCCCCAGCACAGGAUACUGGACGGCGAACUCCUCUGGAGGUACAUACAGCUGAGCAGGAAGGAGAAGGCAGACUUUGCCAAGCAGAUUGGCACCUCUGUCGGUCAGAUCCUGGAAGACUUGAAGGAAGUCGACAAAGUGUCAGCUCAUUUCUGACUCUCUCUAUAUCUUCUCCCUCGUGUGAAUUGUUACUCUCGUUAUAUCCCAUCUUCGUUUUCUUUAUUCAGACAAUGACAAUACACAACAUAUAUAUUAUACAAUACAUCGACGAUUCCACUAUUAUAGCAAUAAAAUUUACAGUGCAAAAACUAUUAGCAUCUCUCAUGAGGUUCUUUUGCCAGUGCGACUGGAACUUUUCGACUGAACGCUGGCACGACUGGUGGUGGUUUUAACACUUGCAUUCAUUGUGCUCUGAACACUGCUUCGAACAGAGGCCAGUGAGCCGGAAAGAAAUUUCUUGAAAGUGCGGAUUUUGGCUCUUUGAAUGCCGCUUGUAACUCCUAGUUCUUCGAGAAUGAUGUCCGUCACUUUCAUCUCACGUCCUAUGCUCUCUAUCAUGACUUUGUCGCCAUCUCUUGCCAGAAUGGCCUCCAGAAUAUCGCCAUCGAUUCCGUUGGCUCUGAAGGGAUUCACGUACGUGUCCAGUUUUAGCUUCUUUAGAAAGUUGACCACGUCGUCCACCGUCAAACCUGUAGGUGAUUCUCCAGUGACAACUCUCUUGAAGACGGUGAUGAUCUUGACCUGGUGAAGUCUGAACAGGACACCAACA